CCAUUUUGUCACGCCUAGGGCAAGCCAAGUGCCACACCUCGGUCGCCUUCACGUGUUCAACACUAUUCUUUAAUUCGUUCAUAUGUACGGCGCCGCUAAUAAAUUUUUUUUUCCUCUUUUAGUAUCCCCAAACCACAAGCCAAGCAGAAAAAUGGACAAGUCGAAAAAAAAAGGGUAAACUGAUAAAGGAAGAUAAAAAACUCAAAACCCAGAAAGGCAGACAUUUUUGCUCCCGACAGAACUGAACUGACAAACAAACGCCUCAUAUUUUGUUUCUACCCUUUCCAGUUUUAUAGUCGGUAAUUGGGAAUUUUUUUCUCUUUUUUGAUUUAUUUCUUUUGGCCUGGAUUUCUCUGUUUUUGUUCACUUCCUCUACGGAAUUCAAAGGUUUUAUGUUGACUCAUUCAGUUCAUUUCCAUUAUGGUGACUGCAUGUCAGAUGUGUGGUGACAGGGGCUUCUCUGUGGCAUUGAUUCACUGUGACAACUGUCAGGCUUCUGCUGUGCAUCGUUAUUGCCUAGACAAGUUACCAGCCACUUUUGAGGAGCAUGUUGUUUGGUUUUGUGUGGACUGUGAACCAAAUGUUGUAGAAUCAUCUACUCUCCAGCAGGAUCAUCCUGUGUCCAGCUCUCAAUCAAGAUUAAAGGACAGUCCUGUUAGAAAAUCGAAGGGGAACAAUGACAUCAAAAUAUUAAAGAAUAAGGAGGGAAAAUAUAACAGUGACUCAUUGGCGAUAUCACGGGUGCAAAGAAAAAGUAGCCCCUCGCUUCAGCCUCCUGAGAAUCUUGAAAAAGACGAGACACUGAGAAGAUCAUUGGGAGAGCAUGGGCCUGGCUCCAAUAAGGAUGUCAGAUGUAUUGAAGCUAAAGGGCGUCUUAAUACUUGUACACCUUCAAAAGGGUCAUAUUGGGUUAACAUUAAUGAGGAAGCUGAAUCUGUCAAUAAUAGAACAUCUCUUAUAGCCAUCAAUCAGCAUUCAAACAUCAUAGAGCAUACUAAUGUUUUGGACGAAGGGUUGAGGGAACUGGAUGGGGUACAUUUUGAUAAGGUGGCUGCAUGUGUUAAAACUAAAGCAUCUCUUGUGGCUACCAGUAAGCAAAUCCUAAAACACAGUUAUGUACCUGCACAACCAAUAUUUGAACCGAUAUGGAGGGGAAGAUUUUGUCUUUUUGAUGAAAAUUUUGCUGCUGGAGUUGUUGCUCAUUUGUCUUGCUUAGCAUGCUUGAAAGUUUGUGAGACAGCAAAAUGUUUACCUGAAUCGCUUUGCCUAGAAUUGCUUUGCAGAUGUGAUGUGUGGCCAAAAGGCUUUAAGAAAUUGGGGCCAAGUGAAGAAAGUAUUGCUCUUUAUUUCUUUCCAAGUAAUGAAAGGGACGAGAAGAUUUUUGACGGUCUAGUAUAUAAGAUGAUUGGACAAGAUCUUGGCAUGAGAGUUGUUGUUCAAGAUGUAGAACUAUUAGUUUUCACUUCUAACACAUUGCCACUGCACUUUUGGAGGUUCCAGGAGAAGUUUUAUUUGUGGGGGGUGUUUAGGGCAAAGCAAGCUUCACAUUCAACAAAUGUAAUUCAUGGAGAGUAGAAAAACCUUAUGAAAACCUGGGAUUCACAGACUAAUAUUAGUCCUUUAAGCGAUGCUGGCCCAACUCCCUGAAUUGCACACCAGUCUUUUGAUUUGGGUUGUGAAUAAAUAGAUGUAAAGUAGAAUGGAUGGAAUCUAAACAUGCAUAUAAAAGCUAAAGGGGAGUAACAACAAAUUAACUACACGUAGAAUGUUCUCUAAUUGAGUUAGUUUCUUUUUGUUAUGAAAUCCAUUAAUACCAUUUUAUUUUUUCUCAAGUCCUCACUAUCUUCUUCAUUUGUAUGUAGGAAAAUUUUCAUUGUAAUACCUGACCAUCGCUUUAUUACUUCUUUUGUUACACCUCUCUUUUCUAUACAUUAAAAAAUUUUUUGUCCUAAUUUUUUCGAGUCAGGAUUUGCCACACAUGUAAUUUUGUUGUCUAGUCUUGUACUAAUAAUUGGUAAGUUUAAAGAAAAAGAAUAGAGAAUGCCUCCAACAAGUAAUUUAUAGUGUAGGAAUCACCAUUUCCUCAUCCAUUAAUUUAUGUAUUCUGAAUGUCGACUAGUAGUGUUUUGAGCCUUGGAGAAAAAUUCCAAAAUUCUUUUAGCAACUCUUUUUUUUCAUCUUCUUUCCCUUUCUCAACUUGGAUUUUUUAUGAACUUUAUGGAUUCUUCUAGAUCUGAGCCAUAAGUUAGGUCUUUCAAUCUGGUGGGUCAUGGCUAUUUGGUGGCUUGUAAAUGCCGUGGAUGGUAGUUCAAUGGUGCCAGUGUGUUUCGGUGUUAAGUUGGUGAAGCUGGUGGUGGUUAGGAUUUUUUGGCCAUGAAUGGUUUGGGUAGUUUUGCUGGGAUGUUGAAAAUGGUGGUCUAAAAUAUGGGGACUGAGGCUGUUGGCUGAAUGGGUCUUGUCGAAUGGUAAGCGUUGGUGUUUGAAGAGAUGCUGGGACUUGAAAAUUUGUGGUGCUGGUUAGGUUGAAUGGGACUAUUUGGGCAUGGAAGGUCGGUUGAAAGCAGGGAUGGCGAUGUUGGUUGGGUGGGUCUCGGUUGCUGAAUGGGAAUGAACAAUGAGGGUUGAAAAUUUUUUUUGCCCCCUUGAUGGUCUCUGUAUUUUCUCCCCUUUAGUUGUGUGUAUUCGAGUUUUCUUUGUAGAAUCCUUAUUCUUUUCGAAAAUCAUGGGACUGAAUUCAUUUUGGACUGUUGCCUAUUGUCACUGCAUUUUUGGAGAUGAUACUUGUUGAUUUUUGGGUGAAGGAAAAUUGAUGAAUGUUUGAUCAAAUUGUGCUUAAGAAGAUGGGGUAAAAUUUGAGAGUUAAAAGGUGAGAGCUGAAAUUGGGAUGGUUUUGGAAAAGACUACUGGGUUUGGGGAAUGAAGAUUGCCAUGGCAGCGGACCUUUUCUUCAUUUUUUGUAA